AUAUCUCAUCCGCUAAUUUUGGCGGCACCAAAACCGCUACCCUCCACUCUUUCCCUCCAUAUCUCUCUCUUACACUCACUCAACCGCCAGAUUCCAAUCUUUCCCUCCUUAGAUUUCCUCUUCGGUUUUUUAAAAACCCUACAAAUACCCAUGUUCUACAUCGCGUUAUUAUUGUAGACCAACUAUGGAUGACUUUGACGCUUCUUCUUUGUCUUUCUCUAGUCUCUUGUGUUUAGAAAAUGAAGUUUCUUGUUUUGAUCAAAUGGAAGAAGAAGUAGAAGAAGAUAGUUUCUAUGAUGCAAAUAACAAUUUUGAGUCAUGUUUGGUUUUAGAGAGUGAAGACAUUGAAUAUAUUGAGAAAAUGUUCGAAAAAGAAAUGGGUUUAUUAGGAUCUGCCAAUAGUUAUGUAAUGCCCUCUGCUGAUUCCUUAAGCACCACCACUAACGAUUCUAAUUGGUUACGAUUUGCUCGACUGGAUGCUAUUGAUUGGAUUUUCAAUACACGAGCACUUUUCGGAUUCCGAUUCCACACAGCUUAUCUUUCAGUGACUUAUUUAGACCGGUUUCUAUCGAAAAGAUCGAUUGAUGAUGGGAAAUUAUGGGCUAUUCGGUUGCUAUCUGUGGCUUGUUUGUCAUUAGCAGCAAAAAUGGAGGAGUGUAGAGUUCCAUCAUUAUCAGAAUUUCCAAUGGAAGAUUAUUGCUUUGAAAAUAAGGUGAUUCAAAGAAUGGAGUUGCUGGUAUUGAAUACCUUAGAGUGGAAAAUGGGUUCAAUUACUCCAUUUUCUUAUCUUAAUUAUUUCAUUUCUAAAAUCUGUGGUGAAUCUAGACCAAAGGAAACAAUCUCCAGAGCUGUGGAACUUAUUCUUGCAGUUAUAAAGGAGAUUAAUUUGUUGGAGCAUAGACCAUCUGUUAUUGCAGUGGCUGCAGUAUUAGCUGCAUCUGAUAAUCAAUUAACAAGGCAAGAAUUAGAUGUCAAGGUGAAACUAAUUUCAUCAACGAAUUUUCUGGAAAAUGAACAUAUAUUUUCCUGUUAUAUUGUAAUGCAGGAAAUAGAAAUGGGAAAAUUGAAGACUCCAAAGCAAGCGUUUUCUCCUAAUUCUAUUAAUUCUUGCUUCACUACUUCCUCUGGAACUGGCAGUAAAAGAAGACUCACAUACAAUGACUGUGAUCAGAAUUGCCCAGUAAAGAAAAUCUGUCAGUGAACUUCCAUUUUAUUUGAGGAGAAACUUGAAAUGGGUUGAACCACAGGAUUUUGGUUUUUUGAUUUUUUGAUUUUUUUUCCGUUGAAAACUGAUAAUUUAUUUAGGUUUAUUUAUAGGUCUAAUGAGUGUUAUAUGCCCAUGGAAUGAUAUUAUUUUUGGAGUUGAUGAUUGGGGGUUCCAUUUUCCAACACCCAACAAAAACAUUUUCAGCCAAGUAAAACUCCAAGAAGAAGAUAGGAAAAGGGACAGUAAAUAAAUAAAAUAAAUAAAUAAAGGAAAUAGCUUUAACCAACAGUAAGAAGGAGAAGAAGAAGUAAGGGUGCUGACUAAAGUCCAAAAGCCAUUAAUGUGGAAGAAGGAAGGCCAGAGGAUGCCAGAAGAAGCUCAUUGAAGACUGUCUAUAGCAUUCUUUGUAUUGCUUUGUUUUGGAUUUUGAUGAUGAAAUAUCCCAAUAUUACUUUGCCCACUUUUUUUUUUUU